GGUGUAAUUACGCUGAUUAUCUGAUGUUUCCAGACAGUUAUUAGAUAUUGAAGGGUGAGAUUUUCUAGGGGGAGAAUUUUUGACGUUCCCUAGACAGAGCUAAAUAAUUUCAGUUUUGGAAAGACAUUACUCCAAGAAGGUUCAGUAGAAAUUCUUGAUUUUCUCAAAAUCUCAAAAAUUCUUCUCAAAACAUUUCUUAUUCAUGUCAGUUAGUGAAAUUUGAUUGGUAAACUAUUGUAAUACAGACUGGAAUCUAUUGACGAUUCCCCGAUCCCAGGACCGUGAGGAAGAAAGACAUCGGAAGCUGAAAAAUGAGACGCAGCACCCAUUUUCUAAGGAAAUACAUAGAAUUGUUGAGCUACGACAAACCCCACACCUCACUACCGUUGUUCGCUUUUUUCGUCAUUUUUUCCCUCGUCAACAUAAACUUGUUGAAGGCAAUCUACAUUGAAUUCGAAAGUUUCGAGACAUCACUCAAUGGAUUAACAGACUUUGCAAUUAACUCAAUUCUAUUACCGUGUGUGAUUAGACAUGCAUUUAACAAAAAAGAAUUUACUCAACUUGUAGAUGUGAUCGAAAAAGAUUUGGAACUCGAUCGGAUAGAUUUCAAGGGCCGGAAAAAACUGUGGACGAAAAUCGAAAGUACUCAUCGCAAAAGAACAUAUCAUGCCGAACGUAUGGCUCAAAAUCUUAUAGCUUUACUCACAAUUUCGGGAUUCUCAAUUUACACAAAAAACUUGAUAAAAUACAUCAUGCUCGAUAAAACUAAGUCAGAAAAUAGUGAUGCAAUAUGGCCUACACCCUAUCUAUCGUACUUGCCACCAGAGUUUGACAAAUUAUCAUUUCUGAUCUACCUGUGCUUUCUUCACGCUUUUCUAUUAAUGAUAUAUGUCAGCGAAGGUAUUCUUAUUUUUUGCUCAUUCAAUCUGACAACCGAAAAAUUACUGGCUGAUUUUGAAAUAUUUUACAUACUUGUGGACAAUCUGAAUAGAAAUUUCUCCUAUGACUAUGAGUCACAAGAGAAUAUCUACAGCAUAUAUACACCUUUGAUGGUAGACCUCAGAAGAGAUAUGAGACGUAUCGUGUGUUUCCACCAAAAUAUUAAUAGGAACUUUACAAUUUGUGCCAACAACACUGCAUUUGGGAUUUGUAUUGUAAAUGUAGCACUAAUGAGCUACGGAUGCACAGUGGCCUAUUUCAUGCUGACGUCCAAAAGUUUGAAGACCGCAGCUCACUAUGCUUUGCUUUUCAUUAUUAUAAACCUGUCUGCAUUCAGUACCUAUCAUAAUGGCCAACGCUUAUUCAACCAGAACGAGGUGUUACGCCGCACAUUGGCCGAGCUUCCUUGGACCGAUAAACCUUAUUGGUUCAAACAGACUCUACAUGUCAUGAUGACGAGGGCUAAUAUGGAUAUCGAAAUAAGACCCUAUGGAAUAUACACUCCUAACUAUAUGUCAUUCAAAGAUUUGAUGAAGACCGCCUUCUCAGUGAGUAAUUUAUUCUACACAAAGCGAACAUCAACUCAAUGAAAUGGAGCU